AUGCCUGCUGCUGCUGCUGGUCUCACCACCAAGUCAGAGUCCCCUCCGGAAGCUUUGAGUGGCGAUCAAGAGUCAGCAGGACUGAAGCUCUCAGUGUCUGUGGAAAGCAUCGUCGGAUUGAUGUCUUCCCAUACCACUUUUGUGGAGCUCGAUCUCAGCUCCAUUGGGGCAGAGGAGCAGUCCCUCGUUGUUCGAUCAGAGGCUCUAGGGAAGGCGGAAGAGAGGCCCUCGAGGCUGGGUAUUGGUCAGUCGGGCUGGACCUUCAACCAGCAACAGGCUGGUGAUGGAGAUGAGGGGCCUACGUCACAAUGGGUGGUCAACGUGAGCAUGGACGACACCAUUCACACGAAGAUCUGCCUCGGCAUGCUUCGCCUGCGCCUGCUCGAUGCGGACCGAGAUGGGGCUGUUGUAGCUAGUGGGCAGGUUCCUCUACGCAGCCUUCUGCAUGGGACUUGCGCGUCGGAAGGUCACUACCCACUCAUUCUAGCUGCUGAGUACCUCGACAAGGCCUCAGAGGAGGAGGGCCUCGGGGCUGUACCAAGAGACGUGGAGGACUUCCCCGAGGAUUGGCGAGUCGUAACACUGCACGUCCAUGGCAUGUACAACCUACCCAAGCCUCUCCUUGAACUUAGUGGUGGUGACCAAGUGGUAGAGGAGGCCUCCUGCUAUGUGGAUGGAUCCUAUCCAUUAGAAUAUGCUGUCAACCUGAGGGGUAUGCAGUUGAGGAGCGGCAAGCUGUAUAGGUGGGCUGUCCCUGCUGCUGGGGAUGACCAUGCAGAGGAUGGCGGGGAAGAAGCACUGGCCUAUGGUGUAGCAGACGUUCGUGUGGGCGCCGAUGAAUUUAGGAAUAAGAUGGAAGCCCUUGGUUAUCCUGCUGGUCCGCUUGCCAUAAGGGCCUUGUUCGAGACUUUGGCUGAUGAUGAGCCCCAAGAGCGUCGCUGCGUCACCAAGGCUUGCGUCGAUAGGGCGUUUUCGAAGAAAGAUGGUAUGGAGGGGAUGGUGGAGGCAGUAGAGGUGGCUGGACGACUCCAGAAGGUAUUCGGAGCGCCCGAGGAAGCAUUGGCCGGAGUACUGGGGAGUGGGCAGCCUGGACCUGCGAAUGGGAUCGUCACUAAGGAGCAGCUCGCGGCGUGGUUACAACAGACCGAUGUGGGACCAGGAGAGGAAGUAUUGGAGGAGACGAAUUCUAGUGGGGAUGGGAAGAGCCUGGCUGAUCGCGUCUUUGACUUCCUGGGAGUAACUGAGGCGGAUAGAGGUUUGGAUGUGUAUCAUAUCACGGUUAUGUAUCUAUACAGGCGAGUCGAAAUGGUCAAGAAGGCCGAGGCCCUACGUGACGUCUGUGUGGCCCAUAGCGGUAGCCUCGGAAAGGCCUUCGAGAUUAUGGGCUCAGAAGAGAGUGUGGAUAUUCAUGAAUUCAUAGCCUACAUGGAGGCCGCUUCGUCGGGGCCGGCGGCGGCUAGCACCGAUGAGUUGGAGUAUAUCUUCCACUGGCUAGACAGUGAUGGGGAUGGCUAUGUGUCGGCUGGGGACAUGUUGAUGUUGGAGGACUUGGAUGUAUCACUCCUCCUAAUGCUCGCGUCUGAGGUUAUAUCCCAAUAUCAGGCAUUGGAAGCACUCCUCCAUAUCAAGGCUGUGGCUGUGGAGUUGAACACCAACGAGGAUGGGAAGGGGCGGACCCUUGAGGACAUACUGCUCAGCAGUGGCUCAGCAGCAGGUGGCAUCACCGGAAGGCAUAUCCUCAAUUUCCUUUCUCUUGGAUACCAGAGUGUUGUCGAUGAUAUGAUGGUGGAGGGUAUGGCAAAGCUCGAUGUUGUUGGGAUAUGCAAAGUCGUUGAUGGUUUCCGCCCCUGGGCCCUGGAGAGAUUCAAUACGACCGACGACUUCCUGCUGUGUCUGGCCAAGGGCAUGGCGGCAGAGGCAGAUCAGCCAGGAAGAGAUCCCUUCGUAAAGUGGGGCUCCAACCCUACAGUCGCGGCAUAUGAGGGUCGUCGGUUCCUCGAAGUAGUCCGAGCCCUGCACUGUGGCUCCACGAGGCAUGCAGAGGACCAGUGGGUCCACAUAGACAUCAGCGUGCCGGAGGUUUCCUUAGAGAAGGAGGGCCGGAAGAAAAAAGGCGGCCAGAAGAGUGUUGGCGCUGGUAGCAGCAACGUGGAAAGUAUGAAGAGUCUGGCGGAGCGGUACCGAGGGAAGGCCCGCAUCCCCCUGGGGAGGUUGGCAACGGUCUCAGCAAUAGAGGGGACGACCCUCGUUGUGACGGGGGAUCCGCAAGGAUCAUGCGACAGCAACAAGGAGGAGGGCGGGGAGGGUCUGCCCACGUAUGAGACCACAGGGACGUUCAUUCGCUACAGCCUAUCGGUGGACCGCCCUGUGGAUGCUCUGGACACUAGGGAGUACAUCGUUCCUGAGCUGGCCGAGGAGCCCCGAGAGCUGAGUUUGCAGCAGGAGUGCAUUGAGGAGAUUGCCGCUUCUAUCGAUGAACAUUUACUGCCGGGCAUUUUAUCUUUACAGAGCGACGGAGAGGCACAGGAAAGUCGUGUCGCCGCUGAGGCCCUCAUGAAUGACGUUCGUUCUGUGGUCUCGAAGCUCGCGGCCCGUGGUGCCCAGCGAAGCAGAGACAGACAUCUCGCCGCUGCCGCUCCCUGUGUGUGGAAGGAGUACGUACCCUCCAGUGAGUUGUUCAUGGAGAGCAUGGGACUGGCGGACCGGGCGCUUGAGGCGGUGCUAAUGAGUCGAUCGAUGAGCCGCGAUGAGGAGUGCUGGAGGCCAAGGGAAGCUCGAGACACUGCUGGAGAGGAGAAGCUCAGGAGGGACUUAUCUGCACGCUACGCCCGGUUGUCUUUCGAAGCUGAGACCAAUGGCUGGCCCGAUCGGGCGAUGUUGUUCUUCGAGAAAAGGCUAGAGCUGGACAUGGAUGAUCCACAGCUAUGGUUCCGGUACGCCCGACUGCUUUGUCGGGUGGCCUCCACCUAUGGCGGCCCAGAGGGGCAUAAGACCAUCAGGAAAAUUAAGGCUAUUUCGGCCUUACAGCGCUGCUUGGCUCUGUGUGGUCUCUCUGGCACGCUUGCGCACAUCCCCGCUGACCCCAGUGUGCGACGACGGGUGCCGGUGCCUGCUUUAACGGCUCUUGCGGUCCUCCUGGCGGACCAGGGCGAGGUCGAUGCGGCAUUGAGAGUCUUCUCGUUCAUACUGAGGCUUGGUGAACACCAACGAUGCCCGAAGGGGACCUUCCUCCUGCUCGCUUUGGUUCUACACCAAAUCGAUCAGUGGCGACUGAGGGAUAAGUACCUCAAGCUGGCGGCUGUGGAUGCCACAGGGGACGCUGAGCAGGGCGAGACGGAUAGGACCGAGGGAGGUGUUCAGGACGAUGCUGAUGAGGAAGACGGAGGAGCUGAGCCUAGUUGCGAUGCUGAUGGGAUGCCAAUGAGACCGAAGACCUCUGGAUUGCCCGUGAGAGACCUCCCCGUGCUGGACGUCAUCAGAGAGCUUAUCGCCCUGGGCUUGGGGGAGAUGACUCAGUCCAUCCUGGCCCUUAUAGACGAAGGGAAUUUCCAACUGGCUGUUGACAUUGUGGAGAAGCUAAUCCUUGGGGAUAGCGACCGGGAUCAGGCAGGGUGGCUCUACCGGGGGGAAUGUUACUUCAGACUGGGGAGGAAAGGGGAUGCGUUGGAUUCCUUCCAGAAGGCAACUCGAACCUUCACAAGUCCACCGGAGGACUCGAUUGUAUACCUCCGAAUGGGGACUCUCUAUAGCGAGUUAGGUCAGCUCACAGAGGCAUCGGAGGCGUUCAGGACGAGUCUCACAUAUGAGCAAACGUCCCUGGCGUGGCUAGGCUUGGCCCAAGUGGAACGCAAACGAUGCAAGUCGUCGCUGAGCCUCCUCAAAGCCGCCAAUGCUCUCGAUCCGUAUCGAGCCGGGGUAUGGGCCGACCUGUGUGUCGAGUUGCUGAGGAGCGACGAUGCUGUCGGCGCGGCUAAGGCCUUGCAAGCCUUCAUGAGAACCUCUUGUAUGGUGGUCGGCACUGUGGACCGUAGGGCUGAGAUAGAGUCCUUGUCUGGGGAAGUCCGCUGCUUGGACUCUCUCACCGAGCUUGUUGAUGGCUUGUUGGGUCACGGGAAGUUCGCAAAGGAGGCCGAGAACCUCAUCCGACUGUAUCAGCGUCGUGGUGUCACUGGUGUUGCGAAGUCUUUUAGAGUGACCGAACUGCUCGCUAGAAGCCUGGCUCAGCAAGGAAAGUGGAAAGAGGCCUGCGCCGAGCUUGAGGAAGCCGCCAGGAAAGCAAAAGUCAGUGAGUGA